AUGGCAGUUCAUCAAACGUUUGGAAAAGUCAUCCAUACUUGGAAUGUAGAUCGUCAUCCUGAUCUACCCUUAGGUCCUCCAAGCUUGAUGAUGUCCUACACAAAGCCUGAAAUGGUCAAUUGGGAACAGGUCAAAAAAAGAGACGAAGAACAGGGAGUGGACACGGCCGACCGCAGUAAAAUUCGCGCUGGUUACCUUCCACUUGAUUAUGCCAAGAAUCAAAACGCAGAUAAAUGGAUGGAAACUGGUAAACAAGUCCAAUUCGAAUCAAUCGAAAGACCAUUGAAAGGGGGUUUGGACAACAUCGAAUUAACUCACUGCGCGUUACUCCGGAAGGGAUGGGAAGAACCAGGUCUAUCGUCCUUGGGCUCUAUGAUCAAUGACGAUGGGAGUCAUAUUGAGACGGUUGCACAUGUCGAAGAUCAACUCCAACCUAUACUCAAGCCAUACACAGACACGUCAGAUACUUUUCCAAUGUCACAAGGAGCCGCUCUGUUGUUGGCUGAUCGGGGCUUAAAACAAUUUUUGAACGCUCGUAAGGCGAGACUGUCACGUAAAGCUGGGUCCUUAUAUCAGUCACCUGAUCACUCAAUAUCCCAUCAGCCCAAUGAUAACGACUACCAUCUUCAACAAUCAAUCAAUUCACAGGGGACAACUUUGGAACCACCACCAAUAAUUAUCGAGCCAGACUAUGAGGGCUGGGUCCCUGAGUCUGAAGUUGUUGCACGAAAUCCCAAGAAGCCACGGGUUACUUCACCCGAAGGACCAGCUUCUUUAAUCUCCGAAGAUAAAUCUCGAUUGAAGUCCUCGAAUCCCUAUUAUCCCUUGCCCCCACCUAUUCCAUCUUUCUCGGCUCAUGGGCAAAAUUCAAAAACAAGGUUCAGCUCUCUCAACGAAUUGGACUCCUUUUUGCAUUCGGAUUCAGAUAUAGAUGCAGGGUCUGUUGGUACCAGGACUAUGCCUCACUCAUAUGAAUCCAGCGGCUUUCUCCCAAGUCUGACGCAAUUUCAACCCAACCCAAUCCAUCAAGACUCUUUUGAAAAAGGACAUUUAACAAUUUCCCCGCCAGAUUAUAUAACCACGUCGGAGCCUUCAGUAAUGAAUGGCCCACACACACCACAAUAUCGGGAAACAGUGCUUCUGGACUCACCUACUACUAUCACACAUACUCCAAACUCUGCAGUAAGCCAUGGAGCAGACUUCAUCUCACCGACCCGAUUUCAAAUGAGAAAAACGAUUUCCUCUCAGGAUGGAAAAGAUGCCAUGGCUUUUAAGCCAUCGACGUCAUCUGACUCUCAAUUUCAAUCAUAUAACACUGCUAGGAAUUCACCAGAGGUUUUGUCGCACAAUCACGAACAUCCUCGAACCUCCCAACUCUCUGACAGCACACCAUACCCUAGAAAUCCAACCGAUUUGAAAUUCGAAAUCCCUUUAACACCAAUCGGCGACGAAGCAUUAAGAUCUUUCCACAUAGCUUUACGUAUUUAUCAGAGUUUAGCACGUGAGAUCGAGAAGGCAGCUGGCACGUCCGAAGAGGCGGCCUCGUUACCCACAAUGGAUAUAACACAUAAAUUAGCUGUUACGAUAUAUGACAACCUAAUGCUCAAAGAGAGUGAGAUCAAUCUACACUGGGUACUUCUCAAUUUUUUCAAGCAACAC